AUGACUGUUGAUGGUACUAAUGGAUAUUUACGUCACAUUCGACAGGUACAUGGAAAUGACCGUCAAUUUUGUACGCAUUGUCCAUUAUAUGAUUCAAAAUUCAUUUUUACUUAUUUAAAAUCAUUUAUAUAUCAUAUACGGAAACAUAUUUCGUAUUCUUCACCUGAUAAAGAAGUUUCACCAUCUUUGUUACCUAGUCAUGAUGAAAUAAAUCUCAAAAUUAUUAAUGAAAAUGACGAACAAAAAUCAUUGCAUGAGUAUGAACAACGUGAUCCAUUAGUCGAAAUUAAGAAAUAUUAUAUUAAGAUGCUUUUAAAACUUCGUAAAGGUCAUGUGCUUCCAGAUGAUGUAGGUGUUGUUAAUCCAUUGAUGGGAAAGAAUGCAACUCAUAAAUUGACAACAUUUUAUUUCUCUAUUGAUGAUUUACCAACAUGCAAUAAUUCUUCUGUAAAUGCUGUGUAUUUAUUAUUAUUAUAUUAUAGAAAAGAUUUUGAAGAUGAAAAUAAUCGUCAAUUAAUAUUUCGUCAAUUAAAGAUAUGUGCUGAUAAUCUAGCAGGUAAAGCAAUGGAAAAAUAUUGUUUAUUUUUAAAUUUACCAUUUAUGUUGAUCAGUUUUAUUGACAAAGUUCCUUACUGGUUUUUGUAUACAUUACUACGACAAAUAUGGGAUAUAUUAUAUAGUGAUUAUCCAAGAAGAUCUUGGUUAUCAACUCUUGAAGAAUUAAUUGAGGAAUUUCUACAAUUAUUUCAAAAUAUUUUUCCUGAACAAUUCAUUCCAAAAUUUCACUUUUUACUUCAUGCUGCACGUAACAUCUCUAAAUAUGGUCCAUUAAAACGACAAAUGAAUUUACGUUACGAAGCUAAGCAUCAUUUAUUAAAACAAAUUGCAAAUCGAUGUAAUAAUUUCAUUAAUUUACC